CCCCUCCCCACCCGGUCCACCCCCCUAGUAGCGAGGCUUUCACCGCGUCCACCUCCGGGGCUGGGGGCCUCCAUUACAAAGUUGGGAGGGAGUGCAUAAGUCCGGGAAGGGCCUCGGCGACCGGCAUCGUGCCCUGGGGCUGCCCUCGGCUUGGACCACACCUGAGCAUCUCCCUGGGCGCGACCCCUGUUCUCCUCCCAGACUCCGCGCACUCGCAGCUCCCCAGCAGCGAGAGGGGGAAGGAGUACAAGGGGUGGAGAAAGUAGGGGUGCGCGGGUGGGAGGCAUCUCCCUCCCCUCGGGAGCCCGGGGAAUCCCGGGCGCCAGCAGGGGCCGUGCCACCGCCCUCGCGGGACCGAGGCUUCCGGCGCGCCCCCAACUUUGUGGCGCCCUUAGGCAGCAGCGGCUGGGAUGGAGCUGCCUCCCCGCGGCCGGGCGCCGCCGGACUCGCCGCUGGACAGCUGCUCCCUGACCUCGCUGGAAUCCAGCGUCUUCUGCAGCGAGGGUGAAGGGGAGCCCCUGGCGCUCGGGGACUGCUUCACGGUCAACGUGGGCGGCAGCCGCUUUGUGCUCUCGCAGCAGGCGCUGUCCUGCUUCCCGCACACGCGCCUUGGCAAGCUGGCCGUGGUGGUGGCCUCGUGCCGGCGCCGCGGGGCUCUAGCCGCCGUGCCCAGCCCCCUGGAGUUCUGCGACGACGCCAAUCCCGUGGACAACGAGUACUUCUUCGACCGCAGCUCCCAAGCAUUCCGCUACGUCCUGCACUACUACCGCACCGGCCGCCUGCACGUCAUGGAGCAGCUGUGCGCGCUCUCCUUCCUUCAGGAGAUCCAGUACUGGGGCAUCGAUGAGCUCAGCAUCGACUCCUGCUGCAGGGACAGAUACUUCAGAAGAAAGGAGCUGAGUGAAACUUUAGACUUUAAGAAGGACACAGAAGACCAGGAAAGUCAACAUGAGAGUGAACAGGACUUCUCACAAGGACCUUGUCCCACUGUCCGCCAGAAGCUCUGGAACAUCCUGGAGAAACCUGGGUCUUCCACAGCUGCCCGAAUCUUUGGGGUCAUCUCCAUCAUCUUCGUGGUGGUGUCCAUCGUCAACAUGGCCCUGAUGUCAGCCGAGUUAAGCUGGCUGGACCUGCAGCUGCUGGAGAUCCUGGAGUACGUGUGCAUUAGCUGGUUCACCGGGGAGUUUGUCCUGCGCUUCCUGUGUGUGCGGGACAGGUGCCGCUUCCUGAGAAAGGUGCCAAACAUCAUAGACCUCCUUGCCAUCUUGCCCUUCUACAUCACUCUUCUGGUAGAGAGCCUGAGUGGGAGCCAGACCACCCAGGAGCUGGAAAACGUGGGGCGUAUCGUCCAGGUUUUGAGGCUGCUCAGGGCUCUGCGCAUGCUAAAGCUGGGCAGGCAUUCCACAGGAUUACGCUCUCUUGGAAUGACAAUCACCCAGUGUUACGAAGAAGUCGGCCUACUGCUCCUGUUUCUGUCUGUGGGAAUUUCUAUAUUUUCAACUGUGGAAUAUUUUGCUGAGCAAAGCAUUCCUGACACAACCUUCACAAGUGUCCCUUGUGCAUGGUGGUGGGCCACAACGUCCAUGACCACCGUGGGAUAUGGGGACAUUAGACCAGACACCACCACGGGCAAAAUCGUGGCCUUCAUGUGUAUCUUAUCGGGAAUCCUCGUCUUGGCCUUGCCUAUUGCUAUUAUUAACGACCGCUUCUCUGCUUGCUACUUCACCUUAAAGCUCAAGGAAGCAGCUGUUAGACAGCGCGAGGCUCUGAAGAAGCUUACCAAGAAUAUAGCCACUGACUCAUAUAUCAGCGUGAACCUGAGAGAUGUCUAUGCCCGGAGUAUCAUGGAGAUGCUUCGAUUAAAAGGCAGAGAAAGAGCAAGUACUAGGAGCAGUGCAGGAGAUGAUUUCUGGUUUUGAAUUCACUUUCAACUUAUUUACAAAAGCUUGUGUAAAACUAACUCGAUUGAUAAAGCCUUGAUAUGGAUGUCUGUAUACUGCUGAGGAGUCUCUUUUGAGUACUUCCUGUGUUAAUUUUAGUUGAUACAUUGCUUGUUCUACUAAAAUAGUUCGCAUCCCCCAAAACAACUAUACAUUUCUUUGACACAUUUGAACCUCAAGAAUAGCCAUUUAACACAACCCAGUACAAC